AUGGGAGCUGCUCAAGCGGUGCCGAGAAUUCCCAAAGGCUCCAUAGACAGCGUGAAAGUGUUUGUGGAUUACAGUGAAUGUUUAAUGUUUAAUUAAUGAAUGUCAAGCUGAUCUUGUGUCUCAUGUCGUCUUUCUCCUGUAGUCGAUCUCCUGGGGCUUCUGAAGUGGAGGUCCAAUACCAGUUUACUACAGCAGAAUCUCCGUCAUCUGAUGAAGGUGGAUGGAGGUGAAGUAGUCAAGUUUUUACAGGAUACCUUGGAUGCCCUGUUUAACAUAAUGAUGGAGAAUUCAGACAGUGAAACAUUUGAUACCCUCGUGUUUGAUGCUCUGGUCUUCAUAAUCGGACUGAUUUCGGAUAGAAAGUUCCAUCACUUCAAUCCGGUUUUGGAGACGUACAUCCGCAAGCACUUCAGCGCCACCCUCGCUUACACCAAGCUGAUGAAAGUGUUGAAGAACUAUGUGGAUAAUGCUGAGAAGCUCACGGACCAGCUGCUAAAAGCUCUCAAGGCUUUGGAGUACAUCUUCAAAUUCAUCGUGAGAUCUCGGGUCCUCUUCAACCAGCUGUAUGAGAAUAAAGGUGAAAGUGACUUCAUGGAGUCCCUCAGGAGCCUGUUUGCCUCGUUUAAUGCCAUGAUGAACAGCAAUGCAGACAGUUCAGGAGGGGUGAAGGGUACGGCACUGAAAUAUCUCCCCACUAUUGUCAAUGAUCUCAAACUGGUAUUCGAUCCAAAGGAGCUCAGUAAGCUGUUCAGUGAGUUUAUUCUCAAAGUUCCUCUGGGGCGUCUGGUGAAGCAGAAGUUGAUCUGCAUGAUUGACAUUGUCCACAGUGACCUCUUCACUCAACAUGACUGCAGGGAAAUCCUGUUGCCUUUGAUGACGGAGCAGCUGAAAUUUCACCUGGAGAAUCCGGACGAGCUGGAGUCCUGCUGUCAGUUACUCAGCAACAUCCUGGAGGUCCUCUACAGAAAAGAUGUUGGUCCGACACAGUGGCACGUCCAGGUCAUCAUGGAGAAGCUGUUAAGGACGAUCAACAGAACCGUGAUUUCCAUGGGCAGAGACUCUCAGCUCAUUGGCAGUUUUGUAGCGUGUAUGACGGGCACUUUGCGGCAGAUGGACGAUUAUCACUACACACAUCUCAUCAGCACUUUUGGAAAGAUGCGCUCGGAUGUGGUGGAUUUCCUCAUGGAGACAUUCAUUAUGUUUAAGGAUCUCAUUGGAAAAAAUGUCUAUCCUGCUGACUGGGUCAUAAUGAACAUGAUGCAGAAUAAAGUCUUCCUGAGAGCCAUCAAUCAGUACGCCUCUGUACUCAACAAGAAGUUUCUGGAUCAGACCAACUUUGAGUUGCAGCUUUGGAAUAACUACUUCCACCUCGCCGUGGCGUUUCUUACCCAAGAGUCUUUGCAGCUAGAGAACUUCUCCAGUGACAAACGGGCUAAGAUCUUCCAAAAGUAUCAAGACAUGAGGAGACAGAUUGGAUUUGAGAUAAGAGACAUGUGGUAUAAUCUGGGUCCACACAAGAUUAAGUUUAUUCCUGAGAUGGUCGGUCCGAUUCUGGAGAUGACUCUGGUUCCAGAGAUUGAGCUGCGCAAAGCCACAAUCCCCAUUUUCUUUGACAUGAUGCAGUGCGAGUUUCACUUCAGACGCUGUUUUCAGAUGUUUGAGAAUGAGAUCAUCACCAAACUGGAUCACGAGGUGGAAGGAGGACGAGGAGACGAGCAGUACAAAAUCCUCUUUCAAAAGAUUCUGUUGGAGCACUGCAGGAAACACAAGUAUCUGGCUAAGACUGGUGAGACAUUCGUGACACUGGUGGUCCGUCUCUUAGAGAGACUUCUGGACUACAGAACCAUCAUGCAUGAUGAGAACAAGGAGAACCGCAUGAGCUGUACUGUUAACGUCCUGAAUUUCUACAAGGAGAUUGAAAGAGAAGAGAUGUAUAUUAGGUACCUGUAUAAACUGUGUGAUCUGCACAAAGAGUGUGAUAACUACACAGAAGCUGGAUACACACUACUGCUGCACGCCAAACUCCUCAAGUGGUCUGAAGAGGCGUGCGCCGCUCACCUGACACAGAGAGACGGGUAUCAGGCGACCACUCAGUGUCAACUCAAAGAUCAACUUUACCAAGAGAUCAUCAACUACUUCGACAAGGGCAAGAUGUGGGAGGAAGCCAUCAUCCUGGGGAAGGAGUUAGCCGAACAGUACGAGAAUGAGAUGUUUGACUUUGAACAGCUGAGCGCUUUGCUGAGAAAGCAGGCUCAGUUUUAUGAGAAUAUUGUGAAAGUGAUCAGACCAAAACCGGAUUACUUCGCUGUGGGUUAUUAUGGGCUGGGCUUCCCUUCAUUCCUCAGGAAUAAGAUGUUCAUUUAUCGGGGUAAGGAGUAUGAGCGGCGAGAGGAUUUCGAGGCGAGACUGCUCACUCAGUUCCCCAACGCUGAGAAGAUGAAGACCACCACUGCACCCAGUGAAGAUAUCAAAAACUCUACUGGACAGAACAUUCAGUGUUUCACAGUGAAACCCAUUUUAGAGCUGCCACCAAAGUUCCAGAAUAAACCUGUGUCAGAACAGAUUGUGAGCUUUUACACUGUAAACGAGGUCCAGAAAUUCCAGUAUUCAAGACCAGUCAGAAAAGGAGAGAAAGAUCCGGACAAUGAGUUUUCAAACAUGUGGAUUGAAAGGACAACUUACGUAACCGCUUAUAAACUGCCCGGCAUCCUGCGCUGGUUUGAAGUUUUGUCUGUCUCGGCGGAGGAGAUCAGUCCUUUAGAAAACGCUAUGGAGACCAUGCAAUUGACCAAUGAAAAAAUCAACAACAUGGUUCAGCGUCACCUUACUGACCCCAGCCUUCCCAUCAACCCCCUCUCCAUGCUUCUCAAUGGCAUCGUGGACCCAGCCGUCAUGGGCGGAUUCACCAAUUACGAGAAGGCCUUUUUUAAUGACAAAUACACCCAGGAACAUCCUAAUGACCAGGAGAAGAUUGAAAAACUGAAGGAUCUGAUCGCUUGGCAGAUCCCCUACCUGGCUGAAGGAGUUCGUAUUCAUGGUGAAAAGGUGACGGAGGCCCUGCGACCGUUUCACGAGCGGUUGGAGGCGUGUUUCAAACAACUUAAGGAGAAGGUGGAGAAACAGUAUGGCGUCAAAGCACUACCUCCCAUGGCAGAUGAGCGGCGGGGCAGUCGGCCGCGGUCCAUGGUUCGCUCUUUCACCAUGCCGUCGUCUCAGAGACCUCUGUCUGUCGCAUCUGUGACCUCCCUAUCAUCAGAUAACUCACCUUCAAGACCGGGAUCAGAUGGCUUCACUUUGGAGCCUCUCCUACCCAAGAAGCUGCACAGUAAGUCUCAGGACAAACUGGAUCGAGAUGAACCUGAGAAGGAGAGGAAGGAGAAAAAGAAGGAGAAGAGGAACAGUAAACAUCAGGAGAUGUUUGAUAAGGAGCUGAAGACCGCUGAUGUAACCCUGCAGCCCAGUGAAGCUGUUAUACUCUCAGAAACAAUCAGCCCAUUGAGACCACAGAGGCCGAAGAGUCAAGUGAUCAACCUGAUGGGGGAGAAAAGACUCUCGGUGUCCCCAGGACCUCCAGCGAUCUCGACAUCAUCUUCUGUCCCUCCACCUAUCACUCCACGGGCAAAACUACAGUUCAGCUUACUAUCCGGAUCCAAUCUUGAGCUGAAUGGGACGAGUUAUGGAGAUAAGGGUGAGAUUCCGCCCCCACUUCCUGUCAAAAGCAGCAUGGGUGACUAUGGAAACCUAAUGGAUUACUCAGACCCGGCCAGUCCGACUACGCCCCCUCCACCACCACCUCAUCUUCGGCACCUUCCUCCACCUUUACCCAGCAAGACCCCUCCUCCACCCCCUCCAAAGACCACACGGAAACAGACUUCCAUCGACUCGGGAAUCGUCCAGUAAGCGAGAAGACAAUUUCACCAAAUAGAGAUAGCGGCGUCGCCUCCCUUUCAAUGAUUUUUACAUCAACAUUACUGACAGCAUAUGAGAGGAAGACCUCAUCUCUGCUCUUCCUCUGAGCGCCUGAUCGUUCAUCAGAAAUCUGUGUACUGCUGAAGAAUCACUCAGAGUCUGAAAUUGAUAUGAACUGCAGGAUGUGCUUUUAUUGCAAAUGAUUCAAGGCAUCAGCAAAACAUCCGACUCUUUGCCACUGAGAGCAAAUACAGAUGCAGCGUGGCUGGAAAUUUGGGGUAUUUUUAGGCAGAUGGUCCACUUGAGAUGAAUUGAGGUUGUUGAGAACGUGGUCAGAAAAUGGUUUUAUUAAUUAGACACAAGGUUAAUUCAAACCACAAAAGCGCAGAAUCAAAGUUCUCCCCUUUUUUUUUAUCAUUUUUACAUAAUAUUUUUAUCCUCAAUAUAUACACAUUUAUGUACAGAGGUUUGUAUAUAUGAUUUUAUUUUAUUUUUCCUUUCUUUCUUGAAAGGAAAUGUUAUCCUUUUUGUAUUCGUGGUGCAUUAACGUAAUUGGCAUUUUAAUUGAUAAAGGGCUUAUUGAGGGGCAGUAUAUUAAAAGUAUCUUUCCUUAUUUUGAUAUUUUUUAUGUCAUUGUUUUUCUUUUUCUCAUUUGAGGUGAAACAUUUUUAUGUCAUUGUUUCAGUCUUGUGUACAAACCAUAUAAUAUCGACACCAUGUGUAUCAAUAACAUUGACUGCUCCAAAUUCACUACUGACUUCUGAAUAAACUCAAUGUAUGUAUUUGUAUAACA